AUAUAAACUGUUUAGUACCUCGAAUCGCCGGCAACGACCACUACCUUGGAACUCUCUAGGUCGUCUAUCCAACGAUAUAUCAAACAAAAUACUUCCCAAGGAUGGAUAGGGAAGAUGGAAGCAGCUCCAAGAGGCGGAAGUUAGAUUUUAAUCCUCUCCGCUCUGACGACCGCUACUCUUCUCUCCCAAACCGGAGUCAUCCUUCUCGACCACACGGCCGCUUCCAACAUGGCUCCAACUCGCGCGCUUCCACUCCUCGCGCUCAGUCUCACUAUGCAUCAACUCCCAAACAACAAGAAUUCGAUGGCCCGGAACCGCAGGUGAGCUUAGAGGAACAGAACGCUCUCGACCGAGACUGGUACGCAGGCGAUGAAACCGGUCAUACCUUCGGCGAUGACUCCCAUAAUCCAUUUGGAUCGUACGAUACCUCGUGGGUCGAACAGCAACAGCGGGAAGCCGAGAUGAUCGAGAAGAAGGCCGGGAAACAUAUGAAUGCGCGUCAACUACAAAGACAAAAGGACAAUGAUGCUUGGGAAACUAAUCGCAUGCUUACGUCUGGUGUUGCCCAACGACGAGGUUUAGGCGAUGAUUUCGACGAGGAUAACGAGGGGACUCGCGUUCAUUUACUUGUUCACGAUCUUAAGCCUCCCUUUUUAGACGGACGCACCGUGUUUACCAAGCAGCUGGAACCCGUACCUGCCGUCAAGGACUACCAGAGUGACAUGGCCGUAUUCAGUCGCAAAGGUAGCCGCGUGGUGAAGGAAAGGAGGCAGCAAAGGGAACGACAACGACAAGCCCAGGAGGCUACUAAUAUGGCAGGUACCGCGCUUGGAAAUCUUAUGGGCGUGAAGGAGGACGAGGGCGACAGUGCUCUGCCAAUAGCCACCGAAGAAGACGCCCCGAAGUCUGGAGCCAACAAGUUCAGCGAGCACAUGAAAAAGAAUGACGGCGCAAGUGCGUUCAGUCAGAGCAAGACAUUGCGAGAACAGAGGGAAUUUCUGCCUGCAUUCGCCGUGCGAGAGGAUCUAUUAAGAGUCAUCAGGGACAACCAAGUUGUCAUCGUGGUUGGUGAGACUGGUUCGGGAAAGACGACACAACUGACGCAGUUUCUAUACGAAGAAGGUUACGGAGAACGUGGCCUCAUAGGUUGUACACAACCCCGACGAGUUGCAGCCAUGAGUGUAGCGAAACGAGUGGCCGAGGAGAUGGAGGUGAAACUAGGCAGUACGGUUGGUUAUGCUAUCCGAUUCGAAGACUGCACUAGCAAAGACACUGUCAUCAAAUACAUGACGGAUGGUGUUCUGCUUCGAGAAUCGCUCAACGAACGAGAUUUAGAUCGCUACUCCUGCGUAAUCAUGGACGAGGCCCACGAGCGAGCCCUGAACACGGACGUACUGAUGGGACUUUUCAACAAGAUACUACAGCGCCGAAGAGACCUCAAGCUGAUAGUCACCUCAGCUACCAUGAACUCGAAACGGUUCUCGGAUUUCUUUGGCGGAGCGCCCGAGUUCACCAUUCCAGGUCGGACUUUCCCCGUUAAUAUCAUGUUCCAUAGGUCUCCGGUCGAAGACUACGUUGAUCAAGCUGUUCAGUCAGUGCUUUCAAUUCACAUAUCACAGGACCCUGGUGAUAUUUUAGUGUUCAUGACAGGUCAGGAAGAUAUCGAGUGCACCUGCGAGUUGGUACGAGAGCGUCUCGAUGCUCUGAAAGAUCCACCCAAGCUCAGUAUUCUUCCAAUCUACAGUCAAAUGCCUGCAGAUCUCCAAGCCAAGAUUUUCGAUCGGGCGCCGCCUGGUGUUCGGAAAUGUAUCGUGGCUACGAACAUCGCAGAAACUAGUUUGACAGUCGACGGUAUCAUGUAUGUGGUAGAUGCAGGAUAUUCUAAAUUAAAGGUGUAUAACCCUCGGAUGGGCAUGGAUACGUUGCAGAUCACGCCAAUAUCGCAAGCGAACGGUGGUCAGCGAGCAGGUCGUGCAGGUCGAACGGGCCCUGGCAAAGCAUUCCGGUUGUACACUGAGAAGGCCUUCAAGGACGAACUCUAUAUCCAGACAAUCCCCGAAAUUCAAAGGACGAAUCUUAGCAACACGGUGCUACUGCUCAAAUCUCUAGGUGUCCGAGACUUGCUUGAUUUCGAUUUCAUGGACCCGCCCCCACAAGAUACCAUCACCACUUCUCUCUUCGACCUGUGGGCCCUAGGCGCGUUAGAUAACCUUGGAGAACUGACAGACCUAGGAUCUAAGAUGAAUGCCUUUCCAAUGGAUCCAUCUUUAGCGAAGCUUCUUAUCAUGUCCGAAGAGUAUGGCUGUAGCGAGGAGAUGGUGACAAUUGUCUCCAUGUUAUCUGUUCCCAACGUCUUCUACCGUCCGAAGGAGCGGCAAGAAGAGUCAGAUGCUGCACGCGAAAAGUUCUUCGUUCCCGAAUCUGAUCACUUAACCUACCUCCAUGUGUAUUCUCAAUGGAAAACGAACGGCUAUUCGGAUGGUUGGUGUACGCGUCAUUUUCUACACCCGAAGUCCCUACGCAGGGCCAAGGAAAUCCGGGAUCAGCUUCUCGACAUCAUGAAGAUGCAAAAGAUGCAAAUGAUCAGUUGCGGUACAGACUGGGACAUCAUUCGCAAGUGCAUCUGCUCGGGCUACUAUCAUCAAGCAGCCAAAGUCAAGGGUAUCGGGGAGUAUAUCAACUUGCGCACAUCGGUCACCGUACAACUCCAUCCCACAAGCGCCCUCUACGGUCUCGGCUUCUUGCCAGACUACGUUGUCUACCACGAACUCAUCCUGACUUCAAAAGAGUACAUGUCCACAGUAACAUCUGUCGACCCCCACUGGCUUGCCGAGCUAGGGGGCGUGUUCUAUUCCGUAAAGGAGAAAGGUUACUCGGCUCGGGAGAAGCGCAUUACCGAAACAGAGUUCAAUCGCAAGAUGGAGAUAGAGGCCAAGAUGGCGGACGACAAGAGGAAAUAUGAAGAACAAAAGAAACAAGAAGAAGAACGUGCAGCGAAGAAGCCGGCAGCAGCAAAGAAUGGGACGAAAAAGAUCAUAACUUCCGGUGCGGUGAAGAAGCCCGUGGCUAAGAGGAAAGGAAGGGGGUUCUAGUAGAGGUUGCUAAAAACGUCUGGAAUGCCUUGAUAUCAUAUCUUUGUAAUGAUAUGGAAUUAGGGUUAUGUUACAGCUUAUGUGAAUACAGUCUAUGUUCCUUCGUUUGCUGGUUUGUCGAGGCUACAUGUUGGAUACUCUAUACUUGUCACUCAUCCCUCAUCUCCGUACCUCGAAGCGGGCCUCCCCUUCUUGCACGUCUCUGGCUUCUUUGUCCAGUCUAACGACAUGAGCAUGAGUCGGGCCUCUGUCAAGUUCCUUCAGAAACGAUUUGAUGGAGUCUUCAUCUCCUUGGGCCUCGCCUUCAACUUUUCCAUUCUCGGUAUUUCGACACCAUCCGGUGAUGUUGUGCUCGGCUGCUUUCUUAUGUGCGAAAUAGCGGUAGCUCACGCCUGUCGUAUUGUGACGUCAGUCUUCUAGUCUGUAUCUAUAUAGUCCGCUACCUAUUAUGACGGAGUUGAAGUCGUUCAUACCUUGCACUCGGCCGUGGGCUAGGAAGUAGACCUGAAUCCAUUUAGUCCAUGAUCACGAUUUUAGACUUUUCUGCAAUAGAAUCUCACAUACUCUUUGUGACAUCUUGAGGUUUUAAUUGCGAUGUAGUAGUGGAUUGGUAGAUUACAUAUGGGAAUGCGUACAGUAUGCAGGGUUUGGCUUUAGCAUGUGCAA